AUGGUAGCGGAGCUGGCUGCGGCCAGGCGAGCUUUGAUCCACGGUGACCAGCUGACACAGCAGCUGGCCAAGGUCUACGUGACCAAGCAGUUGGACGAGGUCUACGUGACCAAACAGCUGGGCAAGGUCUACGUGGCCGCAGGAACGCUGGACGAAGAGUGCAAGACGAGGUUCUACGUAACCACAGAACAGAAUGACGAGGUCUACGUGACCACCGAGCAGACUGACGAGGUUUACGGUACCAUAGAGUUGAAAGACGAGGUCUACGUGACCACCGACGAGCAGAACGAGGUCUACGUGACCACUGACAAACAGUACGAGGUCUACGUGACCAAUGACAAACAGUACGAGGUCUACGUGGCCACAGACAAGGAGUACGACAUCUACGUGACCAAAGACAAGCAGGGCGAGGUCUACGUGACCAUGACGGAGCAUGGUGCAGAGUGGCAGGGCUUCGGGCUGAAGCCACCAACUUUCGACGGCCACGAGGGGGCGCGGACGGAGUGGAGUUUCGUGGUGAGGGCGGACUUGGGAGGUCAAACGACGCAAGCGCUGAAUUUCUUGGGGGCGGCCGAUCAGCGAUUGGACCCAGACAUCAGCAUGGCGCAGACCUUGCAUCGUCUGGGGACUGAAGGAAUCACGUCGACGAAGAACAUGUUCUUCGCGCCGGUCCGGACAGUGCAGGGCAGCGCGCAGAUGCUGAUCAGUAGCUUAGAAGACCAGAGCGGGUCGCUGGCAUGCCGAGCUUUGAUCAAGCGCUACGAGCCUGCGACGGCAAUUGGGGCGCAGAGCAUCAUGGCGGCUAUUCUCAAUGUGAAGAAUGUGCCUUCGGACCUGGCGGGGUUCGAGCAGUGCCGCUCAGACUGGGGGCGCGGCAUCAGGCGCUAUGAGACGGCGUCAGGAGAAGUGUUCAAUGCAGGAGCCAAGAAGAGCAUCUACCCACAGAAGGCCCCGAAUAACAUCAGCGCGGCACUACAGAUGCAGAGCGAAAAAAAAAGCUACGACGAAUUGAUCGGCACCACGAUAGACUGCGCACAAGCGGCGACGGUAUACGAGGGCAGCGGCAACGCGACAACCAGCCUGGAAGAGGUCAGGAGUACCUGGGGCGAGGCCCCGCUGCACAUGUGGCCACAUGGGGCACUGCGCAAGGGACCGCCGGGGUCGACAGGAUCUCGGGCGAUCACCGCGAUAGACGAGCGCGCGACAGAGUGGGAAAGUGGUUGCAUCUUCGCAGUCGCGAAGGGCUGGAAGCCAAAGGUGCAGGAGAGGAAGGCCUGCGGCAUGACGGGGAACGGCACGUGGCGUUUGUUCUGGGUGCUGACGGACAACUGCGCUGGUGAGCACGCGCGCGGCGCCAGGGGCUUCUCGAACGCGGAGCUCAAACCAGGGCGCAACCCCAACCUGACGGUCGCAGACGGCGCGCCACUGAGGAACUGCGGACCGAGGACGGUGGCACUCUACAUAGCAGGAGGGCUGAUGAGGCACGAGGCGGCAGGGCUGGCCAAGCUCAAGAAGACCAACAACCACUACGCACUGGAGCGUUGGACGGAGAUGCGCGAUGACAUGGUGGAGGCCCACGAGGAUGACGCUAGUGGUACCGAUUGGGGCAGCAGUCGCAGCAGCACGACCAGACGCGACGAGCUGAUCCCACUGCCGAGCUUCGACUACGGCCAGGCGGGCAUCGAGGGGGGCCCCGUCAACUUCGAGUUCGUAGUGGGCAGCGACUCUUCGACAGGGGGCAUCGGGGGCACGAAUCAUCCAGAAAGGGCCAUGACGACCAAAGACGGCAUCUGCGAGGCGAUCCUCAUGAGGCAGUCGGAGUGGUACAACGGCCAGGCGAACGGCAGGGCCGAGAGGGCCAUCCAGACGGCGUGGGAGCAAGUGAGGACGUUGAUGUUGCAGGUCAACAAGAAGCUGAACCACGACCUCAAGCCCGACCCCCCGUUCCUCGCGCGGUUGCCGAGGCAUGCAAAGUGGCCCUGCAGCAGAUGCAUGGUCAGGGAGGGCACCAACCUCGCACCCUACGAGAAGACCCACAUGCUCAAGUGUCAGGAGUCCAUCGCCGCAGUCGGCGAGGCAGUGAUCUGCAGGAGGCCAGGGGCCCAGGUCAACAAGCUGGAGUUGUCGCGGCUGGAUGGCGCCUGGUCCAGGGCGGCGAAGAGGAAGGUGGAGAGCCGACGCUGGGACAAGGAGGUGUUCGACAAGAUGAGCGCGGCCGGGGAGAUGUGCAAGGAGCCGCGGGUGGAGAGCGAGGGGGCGCGCGCGCCGGGGGGCGGCUUCGCGGGGCAGGGAAGGGGCACUUGGAGAAGAUCGCAGGGGGGGGGCAAGAAGAUCGCAGGGGCAAUCCCGAUCAAGGACGCGACGCCCAAGAUCCCGACGGGGAAGAGGGUCGACACCUACCAGGCGGACGGCAGCUACAAGAGCCGGUGGACCACGAGGGGCUUUGAGCAACGGGUGCACGGGCACGAGAACUUCGCGGCCACGACCCCCUCGCUUCCGCACCUGAAGGCAAUGCUGGUCAACGCGAAGUUGCGCGACCACGCGGUUGCAUUUGGCGACUGCAGUGGAGUUUCCCACCAGCCGUCGCUCACCGAGGACUGGAUCUUCCUUGACCACCAACAGGAGCAGGAGUACCUGAAGGACAUGUUCGGGAGGCGCUGCGCGCAUUUCCAGGAUUCAAAAACUGCACCGAAGGCAUGGGCGGACCACAGCGCGAACGCCAUGGAGGAGCUUGAGAUGGUCAGGGGCCACUACGACGCGCGUCUCUUCCUGAAGCUGGGCAACAGGAUGACGGCAGGGAGACGCCCCGACGACUUCCUAAUCACUGGACCGAGCGACGAAAUUGUCAAGCUGUUAGAGGCGACGUUCCUGAGCAUGCAGGUAGAGAAGGUCGAGCGCGGCUGCGCGAUCAGCGGCAAGACGACCAUGAUCGACGACAUCCUGAAUGAGCUGCGCCUGGAGACUGCGAAGCCAUCAGUACUGCCCGAGACCAAUAACGAAGUGCACAUGAAGAGCGACGAGGUGAAGCUAGACACGGCGGGCCACAGUCGCUACAGGACCUGCGUGGGGAAGCUGUUGCAGUUGGCGGGCCCCCGCCCAGACAUUCAACGUGUAGUUGGAGUUCUAAGCGGGGGCAUGACAGGAUCAACGGAGAAGGACCUGAGGGGGCUGAAGAAGAUGGCUCGGUACCUUGCAGGCACGCGAGACUACGCGAUGCAGUUGGUUCCGAACAGAGGAGGUCGUGCAGUGGAGUGCUGGGCGGGCGCAGACUGGGCCGAUGACGAGACGGACAGGGUCUCGACGAGCUGCGGCAUCCUGAAGUUCCGCGGAUGCACCGUCCUGUGCCUGUCAAGACGCCAGGGCAGCGCGGCGCUGAGUUCGGCGGAGAGCGAGCUAUACGCGCUGGGUUCGGGAGCAGCGGAAGCUCUCGGACUGGCAUCACUAUUCGAGGAUUGGAAGGAGAAGACGAUACCUCUCGCGAUGAGCGACAGCAGCAGUUCGCCACACACCGCGAAGAAGCGCGGGCCAGGACAUAUGAAACACGUGGAGAUGCGCUUCCUGGCGCUGCAGCAGCGGCCAGAACAAGGUCGAUUGAGUUUCGGCAAGGCAUGCGCUCACGAGACCCCGGGCGACAUGAUGACCAAGCCGAUGACCAGGGAGAAGCUGGGGAAAUUUUCGGAGAUGGCUGGCUUGGCACGCUCGCAGCGAGAUAGGCUUGAUCCCAGGCGGGUGAGACAGGAGUGA